GCGUCCUCCCCCAUCCAAUUGAUCAAUUGACAGACCGGGCUGCCGGGGGCCCACACGGGAAUAUGAUUCGAUCCGGGUCCCAGCUAUCCGCUGCGACCGCCUGUUUUUCUCUGCGUCGCAGGACCAACCUCAACAACCCGCGACGGCGUCGAUUCAUAUAAUAUCUAAUCUUCCCCCAUCCACUCACCCUCUCCAGUGCGUACACAGACAGACGACAGCACAAACAUGGCGCGUCUCCUCUUCCUCCUCGCCGCGCUGGUCGGCCUGCUGAGCCCCGUCGUCUACCUCAUGGAGCAGCGCCUCGAGUCCUUCUACAUCUUCGACAAGGACCACCUGCACGACCUGUCCAAGCGCGCCAUCGCCGCCCACGGCAACGACACCCGCAGCGUCGUCUCCUACAUCGUCUCCGAGCUGCACGGCCAGCCCGCCCUGGCCAACCACGUCAGCCUCGACGAGGAGUGGAUCUUCAACAACGCCGGCGGCGCCAUGGGCGCCAUGUACAUCAUCCACGCCAGCGUCACCGAGUACCUGAUCAUCUUCGGCACCCCCAUCGGCACCGAGGGCCACACCGGCCGCCACACCGCCGACGACUACUUCCACAUCCUCUUCGGCACCCAGCUCGCCUACACCCCGGGCUCCUACGAGCCCGAGGUCUACCCCCAGGGCAGCGUCCACCACCUGCGCCGCGGCAGCGUCAAGCAGUACAAGAUGCCCGACGGCGGCUGCUUCGCCCUCGAGUACGCCCGCGGCUGGAUCCCCCCCAUGCUCUUCUUCGGCUUUGCCGACGGCCUGAGCAGCACCCUCGACCUCCCCACCCUGUGGCGGACCACAUGGGUCACCGGCAAGCAGAUGGUUGCGAACCUGGCCCUGGGCAAGAUCUGAGUCGCAAUGAGCCUGUAUGGAUAUAGACCUAGACGCCGCGAGGGCGGAGGACUUGGGAGUCUCUCUCUUUUUUUCUGGUUUGGGUUGAGUGCUCGUCCUCCCCCACUAUAUACUUAGUAGUACUUGUAUUACCAACCUUUCUGUACAUACAACACACAGUCUAUGACGUGUAAUGCAAAAGACAGAAUACCCCCUCCGACGAUGAUAUAUGGUUUGAAUCGCAAUGGGCCCAGAGCGGCUUCACUCAUCUGGCCUAUACUCUUACCCCCGGCCGGCGCCAGGCAUCGAGGCAGGUAAUUACAUCGCAAAAAUACAACAAGCUCACAAGAAGCGCGAUAGAGGAAAUAUAGCUCUAACCACGAUACCCAAGCGAUAACAAUAUAAAAAGAGGAAAAAGAGGGAGAAAGAAGCGGAGAUCGAG